CUACACAGACCACGUUCUAUCGACGUUCUUUUUUGGAUAACGAAAAGGUCUCUGUUCGAAAGAGAAACACUGCUUGAUUCGGGAGCAACAGCAGACAGAUUCAACAGCCACUUUGACCAUAUCAAGCGAAUCAUCAUGGCCUCUUCACCGAUUCCCGAGGACCAGAAGUCUCAGUUGAACUUCCAAGAUAUAUUGUUUCCUACUCCACCACCUCCCUCUCACGUCUCUUCACAGAUUGACACAUUGAAUGCGCCCUCUGAACGUCGAACAACGCAUUCCAUCCACACCUCACAACGGCAUAACCCUAUUCGCACUACUGUCCAACACAAAAAACACCAUGCACGACCAAACAGUAUGUCAACCACUACAACGCUCGCUACGAACGACCAGAUACCACCGCCAUCGCACCCGAAGCGUACCGUAGCAACACUGCUAUGUUUCUCCGCACUUACACUCAGCAUCUUCCUUGUCGCGCUCGACACUGUUCUGAUCCCCACCGCACUCGCUUCAAUCGCAUUGGAUUUCCAUAUCCCGGACUCGCUGUAUGCAUGGACUGGUUCGGCUUACUUAUUAGCCAACGCUGCGAGUAUCCCGUUCUGGGGAAGGCUGAGUGAUGUGUUUGGAAGGAAACCUAUCAUCUUGAUCACCAAUUCGAUAUUCUUGGCCGGAAGUAUCGUGUGUGCUGUCAGUUCUAGCGCGACAAUGCUGAUUACUGGGAGGACUGUACAAGGUCUGGGUGGUGGAGGGGUGAAUUGUCUGGUUUAUGUGUGCGUUGCGGAUAUGUUCUCUAUUCGUGAUCGCUCGUUUUAUAUGGGCAUUGUCGGCGCAAUGUACGCUGUUGCGUGCUCUUUGGGGCCUGUUCUAGGAGGCGUAUUCGCGCAGAGAUUGAGCUGGCGGUGGUGUUUUUACAUUAACAUCCCAUUCGUCUCAAUCGCCCUUCUAACCCUGCACUUUACAAUCCACCUCCCCCACACGCCAACCCCCCUACUCCACGCCCUCCCCUCCAUCGACUGGCUCGGCAACCUCACAAUCCUAACCGCAACCCUCCUCCUCCUAAUCGGCCUCCAAAUCGGCAGCACAGCCGCCUACAACACCCCUCUCCCCCUCUCCCUCAUCAUCCUCGGCACCUGCUCCUACCUCCUCUACCCAUACACCCAACACCUCGCCGCAACCCGCCCUUCCACCACCCCACUAACCCCACUCCGCAUCUUCCGCGAUCUAUCGAACCUCAGCGCUCUAGGCGUCUGCGCAUGCGACGCGCUAGUCUUCAACUCAGUAGCAUACUUCCUCCCGCUAUACUUCCAGCUCAUCCUCGCGCGGUCCCCCUCGACGUCUGGCCUGUACAUGCUCGCCGUCGCCGUCCCGCUCGCGCUCGUAUCCUUUGUAGCGGGCUACGCGAUCAACAAAACAGGGAGGUACCUCGAGGUGCUGCAGCUGGGGCUUCUGCUCAUGACCGCUGGCGUCGGGCUACUCAUUACUCUCCCGCCAACCCUCCAUCUAUCAAACAUCAUCGGGUUUCUGGUACUUGUGGGGAUUGGGUUUGGACCGAACUUCAAUGCGCCGCUUAUUGCGCUGCAGACGCGCAUUGCGGACGCUGAUAUGGCGUCUGGCACUGCGGCAUUCGGGUUCGUGCGUAUGGUCAGCGGUGCGAUUGGAGUUGUUGUCGGACAAGUCGUCUUUCAGAGCUUGGUGAAGCGCGAGGUUGGUCUCUUUGAAAGCGUGGGGGUGCCGGGGGAGCUGGUUGGUGCGUUGGGGGGCGGGGAAGCUGUUUCUGCGGCUGAGAGCGUGGGUGCGUUGGACGAGGGGGUGAGGGGCGUUGUUAGAGAGGGUAUGAAUGGCGCGCUCAGGGGGGUUUGGGGGGUUUAUUGUGGGGUCAGUGCUUUGGGGUUGGUUGUUAGUUUUGGGAUUAAGAGGGCGAGGAUUGGGGGUAGUGGGUAUACUCGGAGUGAGGGUGGCGGUGAUGGGGAGGGAGAUGGAGAGAAAGAUGGGCAAGGGGGUCAUGGGAUUGCAUCGGAGAGGGAGAGGAGUGGAAGUGGUGGGUAG